AAAGAAGAGAGUUAGCGAGUCAUAGAGAAGGAGCGAGCGCUCAGUUCAAUGUCGGACUGCUUCAUGAUCAUUAGUCGUCGUUUUUUGUGUAGAUAUUUUUAAACGUAAACCAUGAGUGAUCACUCUAGCGACGAUGAUGAUGAUUUCGUCAACCCUCCCUCUUUCUCGAAAGAAAAGACUCCAGAAACGCCAUCCACUUCCUCCAAACGGAAAUUAACCACUCCCACCAGUAGUAAAGCAAAAGCGCCAAAGAAGAAGAAGGUGGAUGACGACGACGACGAUGUAAAGGAAGAAUUGCAAAGUUUCAAAUAUCUCAAGCUGGACUCGGUUGAUGAUGACGAUGAGGAAGAACUCGUUUCCAAAAAUGAGUGGCGAAUGGUAGAGGGAGCAACGAGAUAUUUAAGAGGUCAACCUACCAGUCCCCCCGAACGAGGUUAUGUGAAUAGGAAGAUUGAUCUGCGCGAGGAUAAGAAAGACAUUGCGUGGUGGCAAAUUAGUAAGGCUCUGAACACCAAUAAGAAGUUGUCGGAUAAGUCUGAAGAUGAAGGAGAUCAUAAACUGCGAGAGUUUUUCUGUACAUUGGCAAGAGAGGGUGAUGAGGAAAUGGGAUCACAACAGUCGACCACUUCCAAUCUCACUCCUCUUACUCCCCCAAUUAUUACAGGGAAAUAUCCCCCUCUUACUGCUGCAGAGAGAUUGAUUGCAGAGACUAAGAUAAGACAAGCAGGGCCAAACGGAUUGGAGAUUCCGGGGACAACGUCGAGGGUAGCGUUUUCACCACCAAAUCAAAACCGGCAAUAUGGGUUGUUCGUUUAUAUAUAUACAAACACAAAGAGGUUUAUUUGUUGCGGCAUACCUAAUUGCGUGAGAACAAAAUUCACCAUUAUGGACCCGACUCCAAAGUGUUACCUCCAUAAAGGAGAACAAAUUGGUUUCGUUUUGGCUCAGUUUACGGAUGGGGCCAAUAAGAAGAACGACGUCGUCAUCCAUACCAUUGCCUCUUUUACAUACAUAUACGGGGAUGAUGAGGGGAGAUCACAAAACGCAACACGGGAAAUAAGGAUCGAGAACAUCCUCAAAUCAGAUUUUCCGUGGAAAUCAUACUCUAAAGAACGUGAAACAGCCAAAAAACCAGCCGCAAAAUUAGUUGAACUAGAGGAUCGUCGCCUAUACUUUGAUGACGAAGACGAACUGAUGAAAGUUUACGCAGCACGUCAGACCGUGACACUCUUUCAACUACUCUUAUGGCCGGAUACAACAAUCAAAAUAAUAUGUCUCAACUUGGAUAUUAACCUUCCAAAUGGUGCAUAUAAGGAGCUGGUAGAGGAGAUGAAUCUUUGUGGUCUGGAAUUGAAGAUUCAUGAUAAGUUGACACCAUCAGCAGCAACAGCAAUUAAUUUAGAAGAAACUGAACAGAUUCCAUAUCUUCUACAUGCAGAAAAGGAUGAAAGUAUUGGGGCAUUGUUGGCGAGAGGAAAAAAGGAGAAGAAAGAGAAGGUCGCUGCAUUAUAUUUUGUCUCCAAUCCAUACAUAAUUUAUGCUGGACAAGCACUAAAUAGUGGCGUGCAUAAAAAGAAUCUGCAUCAAGACCCUGUAUUUCUUUACAAAACUAACAAACCCACCACCCACCCUGAUUAUAAGAUUGUUCCAGAAGGACUUGUUCGUGAGGAGGAGCGGUACAAAUGGGAAUGUCAUCUCCACAUUUGUGCCUUAAUAGCAUCUCUUUUAAAACUAAAAAAUUGUUAAACUCCAGACGAUUUUUCUGGCCAGUCUCACCCUCUUUGCAUAAAUAAGAAGAUCAAUUCAAGUUUUAUAGAUAAGAAGUCAUGGGGAAUUGUUCAUGGAAUUAUGAUGAAAAAGUUUUUAGUUGAUGUGUACUUAGGGCCCAGGACGUCCGACUAGUAGUAAUGUUCAGAAUAAAUACCAAUUUCUAAACCAGUUUUGUUUGAAUUGGUUUUCGGGUCUUUGAAGAUGAGAUAUUGAAGUGUAAAUAAAUGAAUCUAACCUUUUAACCAUAACAAA